GCGGCGAGUUGGGGGACCGGGUUUCUCUUUGGGGGCGUGGCCCCUGCGCUCCGCUUUCCCGCCGACGGUUGGCCACGUCACGUGACAUGGGCUGGAAGAUGGCGUCUCCCACUGACGGGACAGAUCUGGAAGCAUCUUUGCUAAGUUUUGAAAAGCUUGACCGUGCCUCACCAGACCUUUGGCCAGAACAAUUACCAGGUGUUGCUGAGUUUGCAGCUUCCUUCAAAAGUCCUAUUACUAGUUCUCCACCCAAAUGGAUGGCUGAAAUAGAACGUGAUGACAUCGACAUGUUGAAAGAACUCGGGAGUCUCACCACAGCUAAUUUGAUGGAGAAGGUACGAGGCCUACAGAACCUGGCUUAUCAGCUGGGGCUGGAUGAGUCCAGAGAGAUGACUCGGGGGAAGUUCCUCAACAUUCUCGAGAAGCCGAAGAAGUAGCAGCUGCUGUGGAGAGGCUGUCCUGGGGCCUGGAACCGCACAUCCUGCAGUGCCGCUCUGCAUCUGCGCGCCCGGUAGAGCCAAGUGGUCGCCUCCUGGACCGACCCUCUCCCUUGCUCCUGGUCUCUGCGCCUCUGAGGACUUGCGGCAGCAGCAAGAGAAGAAUCUGCUCUACUCACGGAUCAGUGCAGUUGUUCAGUCAGCUUCUAGACUUCGCCCUUCUCGGCCUCUGAUGUUGGUAGCAGGGGGUCAGGGGCAGAUCAUUCUUAAAGGCCCAAGUCCUGCUUUCUCGUUUCUAGAAAUGGUUCAGGCAUCCUCGGAUCUCACCUUCGAUUUGGCUCAGCAAUGGCAAAGUCAUUGUGACAUGUUGAUUGGAUGGGUUCUUUUGAAUGGUACUUGAUCUCUUAGGAAGUAUGCAGGAUGCAGGGAAACCAGAGAACGAUUUGAUUUUAGAUCAGGUCUUCUGGCCUGACCAGAGAGUUCUCCGGUGUGGACUAGGUUCCAAGAAUCCCCAGCUAGAGAUACCAGGAUCUUCUUGAAGUGUAAAGAAGGUUGUUUUUAAAAUUCUACCCCUGUCCUGAUAACUCCUGUCCCCAAUUCCUUUCUUUCCGUACCUCCCAGCCCCCGUUGUUGGUUCUGACAUAGGGAAGAAGAUGGAACCAUGUGUAUUGAGUCCAUCCUGAGAUUAGCUUAUAUAGUGAAAGGCAACAGUUGCACUAGGUACUAGACCUCAAGGCCAACUUCAAGGAAAACAGAAAGGAUUUCUGAGUUCCAGUUCAUCUGUUACAGAUUCAAUCCAGAAAGUCAUGGCCAGAAAGCUAGGAAAAGGCGGAGACUUGCAGGAUUCCCCAUUUGAUGGAAAACUCUACUUUUAAAUGAAAGUGCUGUGGGUGAUCGCCAUGUUUGACUCCAUAUCCACACAGAGCUGAGAGUUUAUUAUACACCAUGAAAGAAAAACAGAAUUUCCAGGCUUAAACUAAAGUCUUAUGGAGAACUCUGACAGUUAUUUGUCUGUCUCUGUGUUAAAGCAUAAAAAAAAAAAUCCAGUCUGUAGGUAAAAUUUAUUAUACAUUUUCAUAUAUUGUCUUAUACGCCACCUUCAAUCUCAUGCUUGAGAGGUACAUGGGGGUUUCUCAGCCUCUGAAAAGAUGACCCCUGAGACAGUAGUUCACUGGUGUUGGGACACAAAAGUUGUGUUCAAGUUUUUGAUCCUUGGUUUAAUGACUUAUACCCAUUUUCUGACCUCUGACAUUUGAACCCAUGACCACCCAUGCAGUUUUACUUACUGAAAGAGGGGAAAUCGUAUACGAAACACAAAGGAUGGAUAUACAUUCUGCUCAGAUUGCUAGAGAGAAGUUUAGGUUGGAGAGACUUUGGUUUUAACAUAAUCUUAUUAAUAACAUUCCUUUAUCUCUAAAUGCGGUUGAGAGAAGGAGGGAGGGGGAGGAGAGGGAGAAUAGUGCCACGUGUCAAAUCCUUCCUUUGCUCUAUUUUUUAAGUGGAUGACACCAAGCACUCUUCAAAGUGCGUGGGGAAAUUGGGAAAUACGGAUAUUGGGCUACCUUCCAAAACCAACUGGUGUAUAACCUGAAACUCUUAGUUGGUUUUCUGGUCUGCUUUAGCCUCUUCCUUUUACUGUCACCAGCACUUAAUGUAAGUAGAUGUUUUAGAAUUACAAUAUUUAUUGGGUUUGUAUUUGUUGUCCUUAGAAAUGUCAAUGAUGUAUUUUUAUAUUAAUAUAAAUCUGUGUAAAAUGUGUGUGUAUAUGUGUUUCAGGGUGUUAGAAGAUUGUACUUUGUAUAUUUCUGUGUCCUUAUAAUAAAUAUAUCCCUUUUA